GCGAGAGAGAGAGAGAGAGAAAGUGUAUAAAUAUAAAAUCGAUUAGAAAAUUUUGAUCAAUUAGAUUGUGUUGAUUGGUUGACACUUGAUUCGUUUUCGUUUGUUGUUGCUAACCACACUUUUUGGAUUAAGUUUGUUAUAUAAGAUCAACAUUGUUUCUUCUGUGGAUGUGUUUGGAUUAAAAAGAUUGUUCGGUGAUUAGUUGAAAAAGAUUAAUUAGUUAAUCGAAAUGAGAUUUACCUGUUAUAUUUUAUUGUGUUGUUGGUGUUUCCUUUUGUCCUUUUGUCGGGUUACCUAUGGUGAUCCUUUGGCUGCCUUGGUUAAGGCCAUUUCUCCAGACGUUGAUACCAAAAAUGGACUUUUUGAAAUGAACUCUUUAACUCAAGCUCUUCAACCUUCACCUAAUCAUGGUUGGGGUCAUCAUCAUCAUGGUUGGGGAGGAGGUGGAGGUGGAGGACAUCAUGGAUGUAAAGAGGAAGUUGUCCAUCAUCACCAUCAUCAUCACCAUCAUGAAAAGAUGGUCGCUCAUCAUGUACACGAUCAUGGCCACAAACAUGGACACCAUCAUGGACACAAACAUGGUCAUCAUCAUGGUCAUAAGCAUGACGCUUGGCAUAAUCAUGGGCACAAACAUGGACACGAUCAUGGACAUCAUCAUGGACAUAAACAUGAUCAUGGACAUAAGCAUGGUCAUCACCAUGGUCAUCAUCAUGGUCACCAUCAUGGACAUGGGCAUAAACAUGAUCACGGACACAAACAUGGUCACGGACAUAAACACGACCAUUGGCAUGGACAUGAUCACAAACAUGGUCACAAGCAUGGUCAUGAUCACUGGCACCAACAUGGACACAAACAUGAUGCUUGGCAUAGCCAUGGCCACAAACACGGUCACGGACAUAAACACGAUCAUGGCCAUCAUCAUGGUCAUCAUCAUCAUGGUUGGCAUGAUCAUGGACACCAUCACCAUGGAUGGGGUGACCAUGGUCACGGGCAUCAUGGUGGACAUCAUGGGUGGGGACACAAAUCAAUCCAUUCUUAUUCAGCGAAAGGAGGAUCAGAUGAAUCUAAAUAUAUUCCUGAAUCAGGAAUCAGUGGACCAGGAUAUAAACUCAUUGAAUCUUUCAGUCAAUCAUCAGAUAAAUCAGAUUCUGAGUCUUAUGCUGCCAAGUCUUAGAAACAAAAUUUACAGUUAAUUAAUUGGUCUCAAUCAUAUACUUUAUAAUCAACUGUGUGUUUAAAUCACAACUUGGCAAUCAACUAACCAAAGGUUGAACCCAAAAUUCAACAACGAAUCAAUUUUAAUCAUAAGACAUGAAUAACAAAGUUUUUCAUCUUCUUAAUCUUCAUCAUCUUCUUCAUCAACAUAAUCAAUCAUCCUGAGUGCUCUCUGUAUCUUUGUUGAAUUAAUUGUUACUUUUUAACAGAUCGAGAUCAUCAAAUUGUAAAAUAUUGUAAAUUUUUGAUUGGGCAUUUUUUUUUAUAUAUUCAAAGGGUUUUUUAAUUAAUGGCCAUUAAUUGUUACCUUUAUAUUUGUUAAACCAUUAUGUAUCAAGUUAAUUAAAAUUAUAUUAUUUUUUGCAAAACAA